UGCUAGAAUGUUUUCCGGGUGAGCCCUGCCGAUGUCAACUCGCCGGUAAAUUAGAGAGUUCUGUAAACGUUAAUAGAGAAAAUAAUGCAAUUUCUUUAUUGUAAUUUUUAGCUCAACUACAGUUACAGAGCUAGCCGGCAUUGUAAACCCUAACAUAUCUUACUACCAGGUGUAAAGAACUAGGGAGGGAUAUGGCUGCUGUUGACAGCUUCCAGCUGCUGUACAGAGAAAUUGCUCGUUCGUGCCAUUGUUAUGUAGAAGCCCUGGCCUUGGUGGGCGCCGUUUACACGACCAGUAGGGCCGUCGUCUUUGCCAGGGACUGCUACAGCUUGAUCAGGCUGCAUUUCCUUCCGCGGCUGAUGCACAGCGGGGACCUUUUGCAUCGAUUCGGCGAGUGGGCUGUUGUCUUGGGUGCUUCUGAAGAUCUAGCGAAGGCGUAUGCGGAGGAGCUGGCGAGGAAGGGCGUCAGCAUUAUCCUAAUCAGCCCCGACGGUCGGGGCGUGGAGGGCACAGCCAAGGCUAUCGCCGAUUCUCACGGGGUGGCUGCCUUGUCGGUGCAAGCAGACUUCAGCAAGGGACACGGCGUGUGCCAGCCUAUCAGAGAUGUGCUUCAGGACAAAGAUAUAGGCUUCCUGAUAAACAGCGUGGAUGUGUCCUUGGGCUCCAUGCAGGCCUUCACCGGCCUGCCAGAGGAGCAGCUGUGGGACGCCGUCAGCAGAAACGUGGCAGCUGCCACACUACUGGCGCGCAUUGUGCUCCCGGGCAUGGUGGAGAGGGGCAGGGGGGCAGUAGUUAACAUCUCAUCCGGACUGUGUUGCAAACCUACUCCCAACAAGGUGGCUUUCACAGCAGUCGCGGCCUACUUGGACCACUUCAGCCGAGCACUGCAUUACGAGUAUCGACACAGAGGGGUCUUUGUACAGAGCCUGAUCCCAUUCCGGAUUGGGACCCAGGAGGGGAGAGUGUCGGGCGAAGGCGGGCACAGUGGUGGAUGGCUGGAACCUCAGCCUCAGGUGUAUGCCCGGCACGCCAUCUCCACUCUAGGCAUCUCCCACAGGACAACGGGAUACUGGCCACAUUCACUGCAGUUUUGGCUUGUUCAGUACAUGCCUGAAUGGAUUUGGGUUUGGGGAACACGCAUGUUCUCAAGAACACAGUAGGUCGCCCAUGCCGAGCUUUCCAGCCCGGUCAUCUGACAGCACGACGAUGUCAAGCACUUCAAGUCCCAGCGAAAACGGCAACACAAGUCAUUGUAAACCUGAACUUUAAAGGCUUGCGUGUGAAAUGUUAGACACCUUGACGUUUGUGUCUUAAAAUCUAAGAGUUCAGCGGUACCUCGUACUUUUGGCCGAGGCUGUUUAAGCUGAAUGUAAACAUUGAAAAGACCUGUAUCCUUCAGGAUAGUGAUUCAUGUAAAAUUUGUACAUUUAGAUGUAGUGCUUCGGAACGUCUCCUAUCGGUUACUGCGAACUGUUUGGUGCACAGGGUCAAAGCAGGCUGUCUUGCUGAAUCUUUAAGACACUUUUCUGUAAAGUGUGAUUGAAUUGACAAAGUGUAUAGUUUCUUUAUGGAACAAUGUUCUUCUAUUUCUUGUUAUUAUACUAAUUUGGGAACAGUGUUGCAUUGUAAACAACUCGUCCUGAUUGUCGACUACUUUGCUAGGUAGCAGUAUUCUAAUUGGUCAGCUUUACUGACUGGCUGUUGUUAGUGCAAUCCUGUAUAAAAUGAUCACAAUAUAUCUAGCCAACGGUGUUGGCCUUAGUUGGUCAGAGGUACAUGCUUGUGGAGGUAAUUUGUCCUGUUUUUCUUCAUGACAUAUUUGUUAUCGUGCUUGUACAGCUGAACACUGCUUGGAUGUGCCCAAUGAAAACUGUGUGAAGAGUGUAAAUAAAAGUACUUUGGUCUUCUA